UUGACGACUCCGGGAAAUUUAAGUAAACACGGACAGUGUAAAGAUUAUAAUAUAAAUAAUGUUAAUUAUAAUUAAAUACAAUUAAAACGUUUGUUUAGUAUAUUUUAAGAGUACAUAUUUGUAACGAGAUAUAUUAUUGAAUAUCAUGGUUGAAUGUUAGACAAUUCAACUUCUAACCUUAAUCAUAUGUAAAGCGAAAUAAUUGGAAUUUAAUAAAGACAAUUUAGUUUAUUGUCGUUCAAAAUGCAGCAUAUUAUACAAGCAAGCCCAAUAAUGGAUAAAAUAAAGCAAUUCCAACAUGCUUUAACAUUCAGGUUCCAACUUACCACUUCACAGAAGGUUAUACUUUGGAGUAUUGGUGUAGUGGGUACUAGUGCCGUGGUUGUGGGUGUACUAUCAAGAUAUUUAGCUAGAAGAAGGGCAAAACCUCUUCUUAAUCCCAGGAUUCAAAGAGCUAUUAAUAAGAGAUUGUCAAGAAUGAGGAGUCCCAAUGGAGGGAUGGGAUCAGUAGCAAGCAGCGGGGGUAGAAGCAGUCCCUUGGGUUUUAGUGAAAGACUUUCGGUAGCUUCAGGAUCUAUUGGAUCGGGUGCAGGAGAUGCUGCUCCAUUGUCACCACAGCAACUUGGUGUUAUGGGUAUGGAAGCGUUGGAGACGAGCAUAAACUACUGGGAAGAUGCGCUGGCCGCGUUUUCGGUGAAUGCGCGGGGAGGAGGCGCAGGCACGCUUGCGCUUACCUCGCCUGAAGAGGCAGAGUUCUGUAGGGAGAUACAGGAUCUUUUACAAAAUGCUUAUUUGUUACAGGAGCGUUGCGAGCUACUGUUCCUGGACCAGCGGUCGGUGCUGUUCCGCUCCGAGAGCGGCGGCGGCGGCGGCGAGGGCUCGCUGGCGCGCGUGCGGCUGCUCUCCACGCACACGCACGCCGGCUCCGACCACACGCGCAAGGAACACCACUCCAGCGCCGAGUCCUUCGCCUCUGCUGAGGAUCAGGUUGCUGAUCUCAGGGACUUUGACGAUUUAGCGGAAUCACUGCCAGAAAUAGAAAAUUUAGAAUUGUAUCAAAUGGGUGUUAAACAGCUGGAAACUGGGAUACCUUACAGAACGUUGCGCACGGAGGUGGUGCAGUGCAGCUCGGACGCGGAGUUCCUGUGCAAGCUGCACUGCCUGCGCGUGGCCUUCCGCGCCGUGUUCCGCGACCAGGCCGCCUGGGCGUGGUUCAUCGACGCCGGCCGACAGGUGCUCACCGACCUGCUGCUCUUCGCUGACAAGGAACCCAAAGAAUUUCUAGUCGCAUAUGAAGAAAUGGUGUCAUGGACAACGGAUGCUGCCAACUGGACUGUGCUAGAAAACGAACUGACGAGCAAAGGCGUUAAGGUCUUAACGUUCUACGACGUGGUGCUGGACUACAUUCUGCUGGAUGCCUUCGAAGACUUGGCUUCUCCGCCGGCUUCAGUGCUGGCCGUCGUGCGCAACCGCUGGCUCUCUGACGGGUUUAAGGAGACGGCCUUAACAACAGCAGUAUGGUCAGUGAUCAAAGCGAAGCGGCGAUACCUUCAAUAUCAGGAUGGUUUCAUGGCCCACUUCUACUCCAUAUCUGAACAUCUUCUACCUGUUCUAGUUUGGGGUUUCCUCGGGCCAAGGGAACGGCUCAGAGACGUCUGUGAAUCCUUCCAAUCAGAAAUAGUAGGCUUUAUCACAGACUUGUUUAAUUUCCAGAAGUCUAGGUACACCACAGUAGAAGACCUAGCUGUGGAUAUCAUGCAACACGCAAAAACUCGGGCCGCUAACAUCACAGAGAAGUUGUCAGAGCGAAAUUAUUAGAUAAGCUUAACUUUUAAAUCAUGUCACAGUUUAUGGUCAUAAUGUUUUUUGCGUUUGUUUCACUCUUUCCCAGAGACCUAUCGUUCAGAAUAAUGAAUAAUCUUGAGCGAUAAAUUACAGCAGAAUGGUUUUCUGCUUCAUUGAUGUGUUUAUUGGAAAGUGUGAAACAAGAAUCGAUAUAUCAAAUAUUAAUAUAGGCGUCGGCUUUUUAGAUGUAAUUGGGAGACAUAGCAUGGAUUCCAAUAUAAAUGUGUAUAAGCGCCAUCUAGUGUAGAAAUACUAUCAUUUCAUACUUUUGUAAGCUUGAGAAAGAGGAAAUUUAUAUCUCAUUAUAAAUAAGAAUGUCAUCUACACACUUGAGUAUUUACAUGCAUUUAUUUUAACGUAAUGUGUAUUAAAGUACUUUUAUCAUAUGAAAAUCUAAUUGUUGCAUUUAUAUUUGAAACAUAUAAUGGAAUAGAGAGCCUCUUUAUCAAGCGAAACUUAGGGAAUUAGGUUAAUAAGUUACCGGCAGCUCAAUUCUACAAGAUCAUUUCAUUACAUUCGUAUUUACUCAUAAGUAAAAUAAGGAGUAAUAUUGAACAUUCCUGCUGAUUCGAGAUACAAUUUUGAGACCACAGACUAUAAAUUCAACUAGAUAACGUAAAUGUUCCAAUCGUACAAAAUUAAUUUAAAUGGAAUUAUAGUUGGAGACAAAUACAUUAUUUAAUACAUUGUUCACUGCGUGCGUACGAUUUUCACAUAAAUUGAAGCAUUUAUUUUAUUUAGACUAAGGUUAUCUUUUUUCACUUUGACAUCCAAAUGUAUGGCUACCAAUCUAUUUUUAAUAUAAAAAAAAAAAUGCAUUCUCAGCCUUAUCUGUAUUUCAUUAUAGUAAUUUAUAUCAAACUCCUGCGAUUAUUUAAUCUCCUUGUAUGAAUUAUAAAUAAAAAUUGUAUAUAUAAUAUGUUACAAAGCGUGUUAUAAAUUAAAAUAUGUGAAUGUUACCUACUAAAGACAUUCACUAAGAUGUAUCGAUCGGUAUUAGCCUUGCUAAUAUAAGAAUGUUUAUUAUUCGCAUUAAAUCAAAUACCGUUAACGGUUCGGGUAAAAUACUACAUUUAAUUAUACAAUAUUUUUAUUUUAACAACAACGUGACAUGGCAAUUGCAUAUUAAAUUCCUUUUAACUUUGUUGUACAGCCUACUAGUGUUUUAUGUUGUAAAUAUAUUUAAUUUAUAAAAAUGUUUUAUUUAGGUUGGUAAGCCUAGCUUUUCUAACUUAUUCAAAUGAAUUGUAGAUAUCAAGAAUGCCACUAUUACUCAGUCAAAUUAAAAAACAUUUAAACAU